ACUGGGCACUAGUAAAGCGAAAACCUAAACCUGAAGAUUCGGUUUAAUUACACUCCUUCCUAGUAGUUACUUGGGCUGUAGGUAGAUCACAGGGAUCUUGGUGGAUAUAGACUUAUAUACCACCAAACCAAAUGUCCUGCCGAACAAAAGAGAGUGAGCCCUUCGAUGUAGCAGUGAUUGGUGCAGGAAUAUCUGGCCUGGCAACGGCCAAAUGCCUCCUUGACGACAAGUUCAGCAUUAUUGUUUACGAGCAGUCAGAUCAUAUCGGAGGGCUAUGGCAGUUUCAAGAGGAUGGCUACGGAGUGAUGCGGUUCACCCACAUAAAUGUAUCCAAACACAACUACUGCUUCUCAGACUACCCUUUCCCAGAUGAAACCCCAGACUUCCCUCACCACUUACAUAUGAUGCAGUAUGUGCACAAUUACGCCAAGCACUUCAACCUCCUGCGACACAUAAUAUUCAAGACAAAAGUUGUCACAAUCAAUCGCAUGGACACUGGCCUGUGGGCAGUCACCAGCAGGAAGAUCGACAGUGAUGAGGCAGAGACAACCCAGCUCUUUAGAUAUGUUGCCAUAGCAACAGGUCACCAUGCGACUCCAAUACACCCCUCAUUUCCUGGCCAAUCCAACUUCAAAGGGGAAAUCAUACACAGUGUCAGCUACAAAGAUGCAGCCACUAAUGGCUUGGUGGGGAAGAAAAUAGUGGUGGUAGGCAUAGGAAACAGUGCUGUCGAUGUAGCUGUUAAUGUUGCCGAGAUGGGCGGUACCAAGCCUGUGACCGUCACUACACGUUCAGGAGCGUGGAUAAUCCCUAAUUACAUUGCUGGAUGUCCUACUGAUCAUUAUGCAUGCCGUGCCUUUCUAUGGCUACCAUGGAAGGUAUCUAGCACCAUAUUUGGAUGGAUUGUCCGUUGUGUGUUUGGGAGUCCAUAUAAAUGGGGUCUGAACCCAAAGAUGGGUGCAUUACAGACUCAGCCAACCGUCAGCCCUACCUUGAUACACCACAUACAGAGAACCAACAUCAUCAUCAAACCAAACAUUAGCAGAUUUGAGGAAAAUAAGGUUGUGUUUACAGAUGGCUCUAAAGUUGAUGCCGAUGUUGUUGUGUGCUGCACUGGAUAUACCAUCAACCUCCCAUUUCUGUCAGACGAUGUCAAGUCAACCGUAGUGGAAGAGGGGACAAAUAAGACCAAGCUUUUCAAAAAUGUGUUCUCCCCCCAGCUGGGUCCUUCUAUAGCAUUCAUUGGCUUUUCACAGCCAGCUUCAGGAGGCCUGCUUCCCAUGUCAGAAAUCCAAGCACGGUGGUUUUCAGAGCUUUGCAAGGGAACAGUCAAACUCCCUGAUGCCAAAAUCAUGCAAGAAAUCAUGAAAGAAGAACAGCAGCACUUUGAGACUCGUUACCAUGCCUCUGCUCGUCAUACAAUACAAAGGGAUCCCAUUGUCUACAUUGAUGAUAUCUCAUCAUAUUUUGGAGCCAAGCCUCAGUUCUGGAAGCACCCUUCCCUUGCAUGGAGACUUCUUGUUGGCACAUGUGGGGCGGCCCAGUGGAGGUUGCAGGGGCCUCAUAAAUGGUCCAAGGCAAAACAAACAGUGCAGUCUGUCCCAGUCACUCCCAUGAUGCACUAUUUUGGGCUAGUUGCCUUGCUUCUUCCUCUUCUCAUUAUAUCUGCUGUUGUUUGUAAAUUUUGUUGUUAGUGGGAAUUAUUUUUUAGAUCUGUGUAAAAUUAUUAUAUAGUAUAACUUGCAAUUACCUAGUGUAAAAGAUUAUUAGUAUAUAAAAAGAAACCUGCCUGGUUAAAUGGUUUAAUCAGGGUACUAUCUACUGUCACAACAAUUUUUAAUUGAUAGAUUAAAUAAUCAAUAAACAAUCAAUCGAUC